AAGGAUCGGAGAGAAGGUGAUCGUUCAUUCGGAUUAGACAAAAAGGAUUGAAACUAAACGUCACAUUUCUUAAGCCAUACAUUACUCAGUAUGGCAACUCCCACAUCCAGGGCACAGGAGCUCAUUACCUGCGACUUUUGUCGUACGCCUGCUCGGCACUUCUGUAAUAGCUGUCAAGUGAGACUAUGCGUGAACUGCGUCAGUAAACAUGUAGACAACCCCAGGCCUCAGCGACACGACAUUGUUCAUUUCACCAAUAGAAAGAUACAGCCAGUGUUUCCCGAGUGCAAAUGCCAUCCAAAUCAGAGCUGUGAUGCUCACUGCCAACAAUGUAAUGUCAAUGUUUGUCUGAAGUGUAUACUUAGUUCCCAUAAUGGGCACAAGAUAAAAGAAAUGCUUACAAUUUUCAAUGAAAAGAGCAGGGAAAUCGAAAAAGAAAACAUAGAAAUUGAAUCAGCUAUUAUCCCCAAGUACAACAAGAAAUUAAAAGAUACAGAGAGUGAAAUCUCUAAAGCAAAAUUCAAAUUUGAAGAACUGGAAAAAAUAAAAGAGAAGCACAGAAAACAAUGGCAUCAAGAAGUAGACAGUAUUUUCAACAAGUUGGGUUCUUUAAUGAUGUCUAUGAAAGAAGAUUUUCUCACUACUCUAAAAUCUCACCAAUCCAAGUUAGAAAAUCUUAUUUCAGAUAUGAUUCAAACACUUGCUCAAAACAAGGAUAUCCUAAAGACUAACAAAGUGUCUGAAGUCAGUGACUACAAAUCCAAACUGAAGGAAUACAGAGACAUACCUACUGAUAUCGAUGUCAAAACUCCUUCAAUGUAUACAAGAACAGACCAAGGAAAAGAGCUUGGGAUAGAACUAGGAGAAUAUCAGGCUACACUUACACAAUCAGAGAUAUCCAGUCUGACAGAUGAAGUCUCGUUUCUGUCUAUGAGAGAGUUAUUAGACAAAGCCAGAGUGAUUGCCACAAUUCCUACUGCAGUUGUUCCUCUAUGGAGAGUUGCCUGUGGGAAGACAGAUGAUGCCUGGGUUAGUGGUGCUGAUAAAUUGAUAAUACGUAUUGACAUGCACGGGUCUCGUCAGGAAUCCGUCUACACCAGGUGUCUAUACUGUCCUGGUGGCAUUUCUCUAACCAAACAGGGAGAACUGAUAUACAGUGAUCAUGGAAAUAAAUCUGUGAAUAUUGUCAGAGGUGGAAGGAUAGAAAUCUUAUUCACUCCACCAGAUGACUGGAUACCAUGGGGCGUAUGCUGCACCAGGUCUGGGGACAUCCUUGUCAACGUGUAUAGAAACAGUAAAAACAAAAUUAUAUGUUACGACGGGAUAACGAUGAACACUAUGAAAGAAAUAGCCGAAGAUGAACAAGGAAAUCAAAUCUUUAAAAACGGACGUUUUUCACUCUUUUUGGUAGAAAAUGUCAAUGGAGACAUCUGUGUGUCUGAUCCAAAUGCUAAGAUCCUGCUUGUUUUGGACAAGAGAGGAAGAGUCAAGUUCCGAUAUGAUGGUACCCCAGCAGCCAGGCAAAAAAAGUUAUUUAAUCCAACUCAGAUAGCAACAGACUCUAUGAGGCAGAUCAUUGUGAUAGAUUUUAACAAUUCCUGUCUGCAUAUUCUUGAUCAAAAUGGUCAAUUUCUGAGGUGUGUUGACAAUUGCGGACUGUGUAAGCCUAUUGGAUUGAGUGUGGACAUUGAGGGGAGGUUGUGGGUAGGGUUACACGAUACAGGAGAGGUGAAGAUCAUCCAGUACAUGAUAUAA